AUGACGACUGCCGGAGUAGCGGAGGCCCCCUGGUGGGCAGCAGAGGCAGACGCAGGUCCUGGGGCAGCAGAAGAUAAAGCUUGCACUUGUCCUUGCAGCUGGACAGUCUAUGCAUUGGAUUGCCCACUAGCAACUGCUAAAGCCAUUCAAGGUCUGUGUGCUGUGUUUUAUGAGACCUAUCCUGAUCCUGUCCGUGUGGUGUCUGUGGGAAUUCCUGUGGAGGACCUUCUGGGUGACCCCUCAAGUCCAGCUGGUUCAGUCACGUCGGUGGAGUUCUGUGGAGGAACGCAUCUCCAAAACUCUGGCCAUGUUGGAACAUUCGUCAUUGUCACUGAAGAAGCUAUUGCUAAAGGAAUACGCAGGAUAGUGGCAGUUACUGGGGCUGAGGCACAGAAGGCUGUGCGCAGACUGGAGGUCCUGAAAGCUGCACUUGACCAGCUGGAGGCCAAGGUGAAGCAGCAGACGUCGCCCAACAAGGAUGUGCAGAAGGAAAUAGCAGAUCUCAGUGAGACUCUGGCCACUGCUGUCAUCUCUCAGUGGCAGAAGGAUGAGCUCCGGGAACAUCUGAAAACCUUGAAGAAAACCAUGGAUGACCUUGACCGUGCCGGCAAAGCAGAUAUCCAGAAACAGGUUUUGGAGAAGACAAAACAGCUGAUAGAGGAGAACCCCAACCAACUGCUUCUCAUCCUGGAGAUGGAGAGCGGAGAAUCCGCCAAGGUAACAAAAUAAAUCUCUGAAACUGCUGAAGUCUCAGUCUCCCAAGACUGCCGCCAUAAUUUUUCAGUGUGGAUAGUCAAGCCAGAAAAAUCACCUGCCUCUGCCAGGUUCCUCAGGAAACCGCUGACAAAGGUCUGAAGGCCAACGAAUGGGUGGCACAAGUGUCUGAACUGAUAGACAGGAAGGGAGGUGGAAAAGACACAUGUGCUCAGGCCACGGGGAAGAAUACCUCUCGUCUGUCUGAGGUGCUCAGACUGGCCAAAGACGUUGCCAAACUAAAGCUGGAAUUCAUGAAGAACUGAGAGAGACGUGUGACUUAUCCCCAUUCUGCCAGCGACAACAGGCAGGCUGCUUGUCAUUCCGUCUGGGAGAAGUCGGGAAUCAGCAUAGUGUUAUGAUGUCACUUCCCGCCCCGUAAAUGUUUUCAUCUCGUCCCCAUCUUCAUCCCUCGCUGCCUGUCCCCUCCACUCUAAUUUGUCCAGACUAACAAGACUAUGUGCGUUUUCACUGGAGCACCUGGGACCUAGCUGCUAACCCUCCAUGUGUGCUUCAAAAGGGAUCUCUAGUCAUAGAAGGAUUAAACAUUGGGGUCCUCCACCUUUCUAUGUAACCUGUGUCUGCUUCUUUUAGCUACAGGGGGGCUGAUCAUGUCCCAUAAUGUUCACCACUCAUAGCAUGUAGUGCGCCGUUCAUUGUUACAGAAUUAUUGUACGGCCGAGGAAAAUAAAAAGUUGCAGAAUGAAAAGA